UUCUGUGCUUCAUUAAAGCAGGACUUUUGUGAAUGAUUGCCGGUCAAACAGUAAGUUUAAGGUGAGGCAUAUACCCCCCCCCCAACUUUAAUGGUUAUAGGUGUUUAAGCUAAAUGAAGAUUAAGAACCAUGAGUUGAAACAGUACGUGCAUUUAGGACCAUAUUUAUCCCAAUUUCAGGAGGAAAAUGUUUAAUAAGAGGCACGUUUCGAGGAAUCACUUUGGCUGUAAGACAGACGAUUUGUCAUGAUUGUGUGAGAAACAGUAUGACGAAACCUAGUUGAUCUCCUGUAAAAUGUGACGUGGCUGAACAAGCUUAAUAUAGGCAAUGACCAAUUUAUAGAGAUCAUACAUCCAGUGUUUGUCCAAGAUCUUAAUGCUUGGCUGCAGGAACAUCUGUGCAGGAUUGGAUGCUGGCGAGUCAGCCACAAGUUUUGCUACUAAAGAGCCACCCUUCUUAAUAGGUUGAAAGCUUCUUGGAGCAAAAGACGUACGUAUUUCCAAUGUCAGAACAGCGAAUAUUGAGAAUGAGAGCAGAAUGAGAGCAAAAUGAGAGGCAUGUGAAAUGAUACUAAUCGAAAUUCUAAAACAGAUUCUAGAGGGUCAUUGACACUACAGUGUUGCAAAGAGUAUUUCAUCUUUUGUAAUGAUUAUUUUAGGAAGUAUUCUUGUUUAAAUGAAUGUGAAAUGUGCAACUGUUAGAAAGUCGUGAUUUAUGGUAAGUGAUUUUGAGCAUGCGUAAAGCUUAAAUUGAUGAGUAAAUAAUGUAUGGCAUCUGUAAUAUAACUAGAGAAUGUUUCUUUUUAAACCCAAUGUAAUAACGUAGAAUGAGGAUAGUAUGUGUGUAUCAAACCUAAUGCAUGUAGAGCAACAAACGUAUAUCAUUUUACAGAGGACAAAAGAGGUGAAAAUGUAUAGAUGCUAGAGUCAAGCAGCAGCUGCAUAUAUCAUUUCAAAAAUUUAAAGCAUCUUAAGUGUGCUGUUUGAAAAAAUCAUUGCUAACUCCAAUGUCAUUAGCAAAUCUCAUUAUUUUUACUAUUUAGAAUUAUAGUUCAUCACAAUUUUUGUUAUGCAGUUGUCCUUUUUUUUUUAACAGAGUGAUGCGGAUCCAAUUACUUUAAAAAGUCCAUUCUUUCCAUACUAUAGUAGCUCAAAUACGAUUUUAUUUGUCUAGGCCUAAGGUUCACUGUAAGUUGAAAUAGACUUCGUGGCACACAAAAAUGGCAACAAUAGGCUGGCAUUAAAUCUCUGAAAUAGCCACUUUCCUCCUUGUAUCCCCAUAGUAUCUACAUUUCUCUCCUUUUACCUAUACACUCAGACCUAGAAACUAAGUUUCUUUUUUUUGUUUUAAUGGUGUCAUUUCAUGCUAUCUUUUUCUGUGUGUGGUAAAAGGUAUACAACAGAACAUUUGCUGUUUCAAGCAUUUUAAGUGUAAGAUUCAGUAACAUUAAUUACUUUCACUAUGUGUGCGACUAUCACCACUAUCAGUUUCUCAGUUUUUCCAUCACCCUUAGCAGAAACUCGGUGCCUGUUAAGCAUUAAUUCCCCCUCUUCCCUCCAAACUGCUGCUGGUAACCAACCAUUUUGUCUAUACAUUUGCGUAUUCUAGUUAUUUCAUUUAAGUGGAAUUGUAGAAUAUCUGUCCUUCUGUAUCUGAUUUAUUUCGGUUAGCAUAGUGUUUUCAAAGUUCAUCCACAUCAUAGCAUUUAUCAGAACUUCAUUUGUUUUUAUUACUGAAUAAUAUUCUAUUGUAUGAAUGCACUACAUUUUGGUUAUUCGUGUAGUUUGCGAGUCUACGUAUCUAUCUAACACGUUCCCACUUUAUACUGAAAAUAGUACGCGUACAAUUAAAGUUGCAAAUGAAAAUUAGUGUUCAUAGAGAAAAUAAUAAAAGGAAAGAUAAUACUGUAAGGGGAGACCCUGGUAUGAUGAUCAUGCAAGAGAGAGAACAUUUACACUGAGAUCAAGAAUUGAAAGAGUAGAAGUCAGCUGGAUGGGGAUGGGGGAAAUGGGAACUGAUUUAACUGCAUGUAAUUAAAAAUCCAUAAAGCAUGAUGACUGCAUUGAUCAAACUUGAAAAAUAUGUUCUGCCUGAAAAUGCUCCCAUGUUGAUAUCAAAUGACAGUGUGUGUGUUGAUCCACAAGGGGCAGAGUUAUGUAGGUGAACACACUAACUCAUCCUUGGACCCCCUGAGUCCCUGGAGAAAAUCAGGUUCAGGUUUUCCAGCCUUGCCAUGGAUGCUUCUCAUGCUCUGGAAUGAGUAAAUUCCUCCAUCUGUGAUCUUGUUGCCAAAAGAAAGAGGCUCGUGUAGCUGUGUGAAGAAUGCAGGUGUGUGCUCUGGAAGGCUAGAGCCUGUUCUGCCUUAAAUGCAGUGGACACAGGGUAAAGCCCUGCUUUGAGCUUGGAGGAAGUCCUGCCAGGGAAAGAGUUGAAGGCCAAGGCUGUCACUCCCUCCUUACUCAACACUGUCUCCUCCCCAUCUUCUUCCAUUUCAGGUCCCAGGGUGGCACGGAGAGAACUAGUCCAGUCUAGGCAGCUGGGUUCCUAGGGAGACUAUCUUGCACAUCCUUGCUACUGCAAGUAAGGGUUUCAGCUGCUCUGGCUGGCUGUGUGAACCAAACAUUCAUCUGCCUCCAGACUGCCUGUUGGCUCUGCUUCCACUCCCAUCCCUCUUAAGUGGCUUCUUGGGCUCUGAGAGGACAUUCACUUAACUUCCAGAAGCUGUGCCAGGAAAUGGACUCAGUGGUCUUUGAGGAUGUGGCUGUGGAAUUUACUCAGGAAGAAUGGGCUUUGUUGGAUUUUUCUCAGAAGAAACUCUACAGAGAUGUGAUGAUGGAAACCUUCAGUAACCUGGACUCAGGAGAAAUCUGUGAAUUCCAUGGCAGUAUACAUCAGUACAACAACCAAGGAAGGCACUUGAAAACAUGUACAGUAGAGAGCCUCUAUGAAAAUAAAGAUGGUAAAGUAAAUAAAGGUGAAGAAGGCAAUCAGUGUGGAAAAAAUUUCAGCUGGAUUGGAAAUCUUACUAGUCUCAAAAGAACAUCUGCGGGAGUAAAUCCUUUUGAAUGCCUUGAAUGUGGAAAAACCUUCAUCAAUCAUUUAUCAUUUAAGUAUCACAUCAAAUCUCACACUGGAUACAAACCUUAUCAUUGUAAGGAAUGUGGAGAAGACUGCAUUUGUCAUUCUUACCUAAAACCCUGUGUGAGAGAGAAACUUUGUAAAUGUAAGGAUUAUGGGAAACCUUGUAAUUGUUUCUUAUCCCUCACUAAGCGUAUAAGAAUUCACAGUGGAGAGAGGCCUUACGGAUGUAAGGAGUGUGGGAAAGCCUUUAGUUAUCUUUCAAGCCUCACUAGACAUAUAAGAACUCACAGUGGAGAGAGACUUUUUGAAUGUAAGAAAUGUGGGAAAACUUUCAGUUGUUCCUCAUCCCUUGCUACACACAUAAGAACUCACAGUGUGGAGAGGCCCUAUGAAUGUAAGGAAUGUGGGAAAGAUUUUCGUUAUUUCUCAGAUCUCACUAAACAUAUAAAAACACACAGUGGAGAGAGGCCUUAUGAAUGUAAAGAAUGUGGGAAAGCCUUUAUUUAUCUGUCAAGCCUCACUAGACAUAUAAGAACUCACAGUGGAGAGAGGCUUUUUGAAUGUAAGGAAUGUGGGAAAGCCUUUAGUCGUUCCUCAUCCCUGGCUAAGCAUAUAAAAACUCACAGUGAAGAGAAGCCUUAUGAAUGUAAGGAAUGUGGGAAAGCCUUUCGUUACUUCUCAGAUCUAACUAGACAUAUAAGAACUCACAGUGGAGAGAGGCCUUAUGAAUGUAAAGAAUGUGGGAAAGCCUUUAUUUGUUCCUCAUCUCUCACUACACAUAUAAGAUCUCACAGUGGAGAGAGGCCUUAUGAAUGUCAGGAAUGUGGGAAAGCUUUUACUCGAUCCUCACACCUCACUACCCAUAUAAGAACGCACAGUGAAGAGAGGCCUUAUGAAUGUAAAGAAUGUGGGAAAGCCUUUAAGCAGUUUGCAGAACUCACUAGACAUGUAAAAGUUCACAGUGGAGAGAAUCCUUAUGAAUGUAAGGAAUGUGGGAAAGCCUUUAGCUGUUCUUCAUCUCUUACUACACAUAUAAGAUCUCACAGUGGAGAGAGGCCUUAUGAAUGUGAGGAAUGUGGGAAAACCUUUAUUCGGUCCUCACACCUCACUACCCAUUUAAGAACGCACAGUGAAGAGAGGCCUUACGAAUGUAAAGAAUGUGGGAAAGCCUUUAAGCAUUUUUCUGAACUCACUAAACAUGUAAGAAUUCACAGUGGAGAGAAGCCUUAUGAAUGUAAGGAAUGUGGAAAAGCCUUUAGUCAGUUUUCACGACUCACUAGACAUGUAAGAGUUCACAGUGGAGAGAAGCCUUAUGAAUGUAAGGAAUGUGGAAAAUCCUUUAGUCAGUUUUCAUAUCUCAGUGGCCAUAUAAGAGCUCACAAUGGAUACAGGCCUUAUGAAUGUAAAGAAUGUGGGAAAGCCUUUAUUCGGUCCUCACACCUCACGGAACAUAUAAGAACGCACAGUGGGGAGAGGCCAUAUAAAUGUAAGGAAUGUGGGAAAGCCUUUUUUCAGUCCUCACACCUCACUAACCAUGUAAGAUCUCAUACUGGAGAGAAACCUUAUGAGUGUAAGGAAUGUGUGAAACCCUUUAGUUGUUUCUCAUCCUUCCGUAAACAUGUUAGAACUUUCCAUGAAGUUAGACCUUAUGAGGAACGUGAGAAAGCCUUUAGUCAGUUCUCAUAUAUCACUGACCGUAUAAGAUCGCAGAAUGAAGACCACCUGCAGUGCGGGAAAUUGGUGUCAUAUGAGCUUUCUAGCUAUGGUCUUCUAACUCCCACAAAAUGAUUGGGGAGACUAUGCAAAUAGGUGCAUGGAACACUUGUAGGGGGUUGGUCAGUUUUGCCAUCCUACUAGGUUUAAGAAGAGCCAGUCCCAGAAGGAGUAGAGGGAUCCCACUAUCAUCAGGAAGACUGGCCAGGAGGGGAGCACAUCCUUUGGACCUGGAGUCCUUGUGCUUAGAACCUUCUUGAUCCAGGAGACAGAGCUUAAUGCUAUAAGAGGAGCACUGGAAACAGUGACAAGUGGCAAGCACAACUGACAGGCAAUAUAACCAGGAGACCAGCACAAUAUGGCACAGUGGGCUUCCUGGCCCCCAGAGCAAGGCAGCCACAGUGGGCUUGCCAACUCACAAGAGAGAGCUGAGCCUGUUUGGAUAAGAGGCUUCCUGACAGAGUAGAGUGCCUCCGGGCACUAACCAGCAUGGUUAAGGAGCUGUAAUACUUGCCCAAACAGUGCAGAGGCUGGCAGCAGAGAUCAGGUCUAAACAGGGCACACCAGCAACAAGACCCUGACCAGGGCCCAGAGGCAGAGUAAGAAACUCCUAUUUGAAGAACUGUUUCUUGAGCUGUUUCUGUUACCUCCAUAUUUAUACUGAUUUUAAAUUGUAACUUGUUAACUUAGUAAACCUCAAUUGUGAAUAUGGUCUCUGAGUUCUGUGUGCUAUUGCAGGGAAUGAUUGAACCCAGGAGAGAAGUAGAGUGCUGUGGGAGGCAUGACUGGUGUCAGAAUUGGUAAAAAGACUGGAGGGUGGAGGUAAUGUUUGUCUUCCACCUAAUAGGAAUCAGAUUUGGUCUUUGGAGGAAUCAGAUUUGGUCUUUGGAGGAAUCAGAUUUGGUCUUUGGGUUGAUGAUGACAGUGAUUCUCUCUGCUCCCCGUGAAGUAUCGAAGAUGGCUUCUAACACCAUACUGUUUUUACAGACACCUUACGAACGGUAAUGAAUGUAGGAAAGCCUUAUUUGGUCCCCAUCCCUCACCAUAGAACAGUGUACAUUUUAGAGAGGCCUUGAGCAUAAUGUUGGAAAGCUUUAGUGUUUGUACGUCACUAACCAUAAAGGAAUUUCCAGUCGAGAGAAAGCUUAGGAAUGUAAGGAAUGUGGGAAAGCCUUUAGUUAUUAUUCAUUCCUCAAUAAACAUGUAGGAACUCGGUGGAAAGGGGCCUUGCAUAUGUAAGGAGUAAGGGAGACUUCAGUUCUUGGCCUUUUGAAGAUGUGGCAGAAAGUACAAAUGAAAGAAAGUGUAAUUUUGGAAGGCUUUUUGUAACCUCUAAUCUUUUAAAAAAUCCUGAAAGAAAACACGUGGGAGAGAGACCAUGUUGUAGUGUAAGGAGUGUGAUAUGGCAAAGUUUUUCCUUUUCCCUCUGUACAUUCCAAGAUGUGAGGUUUCAUGCAUAUAGGAAGGCCUUCACUAAUAACCUCUAUCAAAUAUGUGAGAAGUCAUACUUCUGAAAAAUCUUGUGUAUGUAAGGAACAUGGAAACACAAGUUUUUUUUGGAAUUCUUAGAAAAUAUGUGAAUUAUUACAAUGUGGAUUGAGCUGGUUGGUUCAAACUGCCAACUUUUCGGUUAGCAGCCAAGUGGCUAUCCACUGCGUCACCAGGGCUCUUUCCAUUGAUCCUAGUGAUAGUGAAAAUACUGAAAGUCUAUAAGUGUCAGUAUACACCAGGAAGGGAGUUUUCAAUAAAUGCCUGGCUGCAUAUCAUAGUACUGUACUAUCGAUAAAUGAAUGUUUUCUGUAUGCUUUAAGAGAAAGUUUACAAUUCAGGUUAGUCUCUCAUACAAAAGUUUCUACACACAUUGUUAUAUGACCUUAGUUGCUCUCCCUAUACUGUGACAGCACACUCCUCCUUUCCA